CCGAGCGUUGGGUGCAGUUCGCCAUAAGAGAGAGAAAUGGAUAGAUAGGAGUGUCACGCGCGCCAACGGGAUCUUUUCCUACCUUUUCUAGCUUUCCCAAAGCUGGUUAAAAUCACACGGCUGGUACUACUACAUCCCAAGGGCAAGAGUGCGGCGCCAGCAAGUGUCUAAGACGUGAUAGUGCAAAAGGGCCCCACAGCGGCGGUUUUGGAGGGUCUAGUCAAGCAUCGCCAAGUGCUACUCAAGAAUCUGUGAUUUUCUUAUUUUACUUCCCCCACUGAUUGUGAUAUAUAUAAAUCUUCGCUCAUUGAUAACCUACAAACCGUCAAGAUGGUGCAAGGAGACGUUACAAGUGUUCUGAGAGACACGACCAACAUGGAGCAGGUGCGCGAGGAGGCGAAGGAGAGACGUAAGAGGAGGAAGAAGAAGCGUUCCGGCUCCACCCUUAUUGCCAGUGUCUUUAGUGAUUUGUACAAACUUACUGGUGAGGUGUUGGGACAGGGUGCAUAUGCUUCAGUGCAGACGUGUGUCAACAUCUAUACAGAUAUAGAGUAUGCUGUCAAGAUUAUAGAGAAGGUGCCAACACACAGCCGGACGCGAGUCUUCAAGGAGGUGGAGAUGUUCCACCACUGCCAGGGGCACAAGAACAUCAUCCAGCUGGUGGAGUUCUUCGAGGAAGACGACAAGUUCUACCUGGUGUUCGAGAAACUGUACGGCGGCCCCCUGCUGUCCCACAUCCAGAGACGGACGCACUUCACCGAGGCCGAGGCGUCCAUGGUGAUCCGGGACCUGGCCUCGGCGCUGGCCUUCCUGCACAGCAAGGGCAUCGCCCACCGGGACCUCAAGCCGGAGAACAUCCUGUGCGUGUACCCGGACCAGCUGUGCCCCGUCAAGAUCUGUGACUUCGACCUGGGCUCCGGCAUCAAGUUCAACUCGAACCUGAGCUCCCCAGUGAUGACGCCACAGUUGCUCACGCCCGUCGGCUCGGCAGAGUUCAUGGCGCCCGAGGUGGUCGAGGGCUUCAUCAGCGACGACGCCGGGCCCUACGACAAGCGCUGCGACCUGUGGUCGCUCGGCGUGGUCACCUACAUCCUGCUGUGCGGCUACCCGCCCUUCUGCGGCAACUGCGGCGAGGACUGCGGCUGGGAGCGGGGCGAGGCGUGCCCGCAGUGCCAGGACCUCCUGUUCAACAACAUCCAGGACGGCAGCUACGAGUUCCCGAAGCCCGAGUGGGCCUUCAUCAGCGAGGAGGCCAAGGACCUGAUCCGCAACCUGCUGGUCAAGGACGCCUCGCAGAGACUGUCUGCCGAGAUGGUGCUCAACCAUCCCUGGGUCAGGAACGGGGGGCCCACCACGCGCCUCGAGACGCCCAGUGUCAUCAGGAAGAACCACAGUGCGCAGCAGCUGUCGCUGUUCGCCGAGUCAUGCAUGGCCCUGAACCGCGUCCUUCUGCAGCAUUUCAGCAUGAACCAGGAUGAGGACAAUGAGAACCUGGACAAGGACCCGCCGUUCGGGCUGUCGCCGCCCUCCGAGUCGCGGCUGGCCCAGCGGCGGCUGCGCUCGCUCAGCCUCAACACCGAGCACCUCGUUACUGCCACAGGCUAACUGGCCCCCGCGCCAGUCACUCAGGGUCAAGGGGGCUGCGCUCCACCCGAACCAGCGUGGCUGCGGCGCCCCCUUAUAUAUAGUUUUCAUCGUUGUUUUUGGCUUACACGCCCUCCGGCGCCUGGGAGGCGGCCUCGCUGCUUGCGGGCCCCGGGCGGCCUCGUGUUGGUGAGGGCGCGCGGAGGAACCCAAGCAGCGAGACGCCUUCAGGGUAAGAGGGCGACAUACUAAGCCUCAGGUUUUUCUACCUUGUAAUAUUUACAAUAAUAUCAUAUAAUGGAGGUUUAGCCAGCUCAUUAAUGAUCAAAUACUAAAAAAAUGCCAAAAAAAAUCUAUAAAAAUAAUUGUUUAUUAAGUUUGAUAUAUAUGUAGGCACAAAAUUGAGAUAUAUUUUCAUAUGAUAAGCUUUAUUGAGUUCAGGACAUAAGCCAUCAAGUCAGUAGGAAACCCUGGAUUCGUCAAUUCUUUCUUUUUUUAUAUAUAUUUUUUGUGUGCCAAUGUCGAAAAAAAAACUAUUGAGAAUCGUGGGCUACAACCAACAAAUUAAGUACAAAGUUUAUUAAAAAGAAAGAGAAAUCCUUGAAUCUGUCCUGAAUGCCACUAUAAGCUAAGGUUACGAAAAAAAUGCGGUAGUGUGACAAAGUCCCCCCCCCCCCACACUCCUUCCCCUCUCCUCGCCCCACCCCCACACAUUUACCAUUUCCUAGUCCUUUCCAUUUCCCUAAUUUUUAUUUAAAAUUUUUAUGCCAUGUUCCUCUUUAUCCUCUCCCAUGUCCCCCUCCUCUUCCCCGUAAACCGUGGAUAUGUGUGUGGAUCGCAAGGCAUGGGGCAUUGUGAUAAUUUAGUGUGUAAGGUGAAAGAGAAUAACACCCCCCCUCUCCCCCCACAGCACCUAACGUCUCUCCUCCCCCCCUUCCCCCCCCUCCUCGAGAAAUCCAGUCGUAACAGUUAAUGUAAAUGAUACAGAUACAAUUUCUCCUUUGUGUGUGGUGCUUCGUAACUUAAGUUUGAUAGUCUUAAAAAUGAUAUUGAUAAUUACGGAGAGACGGAAGAAAUAAACCCAGUAAGUGCCUAUACGAUUUUAGGAAAACCGUAAAUCGUUUUUUUUUUAUUAUAGUUAUGAUUAUGAUUCAUUUUUUUUAAACGAUUAAAAAUAACCUCACCUCCCAACCCCCCUCCCCACGCCAGCCCUUAAAUAUAAAGUAAUUAGGUAAAUUUUCAACAAUUUUUAUUUGGAACGAACAAUUUGCUAUUGAUCAUUCGGGGAAAAAAACGAAAACCAGAGGGUCAUUCGAUAUUAUGAUCGAGUUUGUGAUUAGGUAUAUUUUAAUUCGGCAGGUGGUUAAAAGAAAAAUAAUAAUCAUGGCUCCGUUUUAGUCGCAUCCAGCGAUAGAACGAGUUCGAAUACAAUAAGAGCCAGACUUUUUUUUUAAGAGACUGGGAAAGAAAACUCAAAAAAAAAAUAA